UUAUGAUGAUGUUUUCAGUUUUGAUGUAAUAAAGGAUUAAAAAGUUAAUUAGAAAAAUGGUUGAUUUAAAAAAAGAUUUGGAUGAAUAUUUACUUCUCCAGAGCGACCAAAAAAAGUCAUUCAAAUUACAAAUGCCAGUUAUACAAAAACCUAAUAUUUCGGGCUGGUUUAAAAAAGAAGAACCUGAAGAAGAGGCUACAUGGUAUAGGGAAACAAAAAAGCAAUGUUGCCCUAGUCUGUCACGAUUUCAAAGAAUUGCACUAUUUGGACUAUGUAUUGGAAUGGGUAUAUUGUGUUUUUCAAUAUCUUUAAUGUACAUCCCUGUGCUGUUGUUUAAAGCAAGGAAAUUUGCUCUGCUAUUUACGUUUGGGAGUACAUUUUUUGUAAUGAGCUUCUUCUUUCUUUGGGGUCCAAUGGCCUUUUUGAAGCACAUGUUUGCCAAGGAAAGACUGUUACUUACUUUGACAUAUGGAGGAACUUUAGUUGCUACAUUAUAUUGCGCGCUGCAUUUGCAAAGUACACCUUUCACUGUACUUUUUGCUGCAGGCCAAAUUAUCUCAUUACUUUGGACUGUGAUAGUAAAUAUUCCUGGAGGUACAGCUGGUAUUUCAUUUUUUUCAAAAAUGUUUUCCAGAUCAGUUGGCAAUACCUUACCGGUUUAGUAUUUGUGAUAACUUAAUUUAUAUUAUACAUUAUGAAUCGUUUAAGGCAAUAUUUUUAUUCAAUAAGUU